UAAAAGUUCAACAGGACAAUGUAUGAUGCAGUACUUUGACAGUUGUUAAUGCAAACGAAAAGGAGACUCAACUUGCUGCUGUAUACGACAAUGCUUGCUUCCAAGGGAUGUAGUGCCGUUUAUCGUACGUUUCCAACGAAAAUACCCAAUCGCGGGUUUUGGGCAUGGGUCAAUAUGAUGUUCAACCGGGUAGAUGAAAAUCGCCUUAAGCUUGUAGGACCGGACCGACUGUGUGCCGAGUGGCUACUAAGAAAUGGAGCCAAAGCUAAAUUUGUUAAUAUUCCAAACAUGCAAAUCAACUAUAACUUAUUACCGCAGGACUCCGUUCCCGUUUUAAUAGAAGAGUUAGAUGGUACGGAGUCGGGAAUAAUGCACAUCGGAUUUGAUCACCUGAAAGGGUUAAAACACUUGAGAAAAGUGAAGCUACAUAAAUGUGUAUACCUGGAAGAUCGAGCUUUGGCAAAGCUUCGCAUCGUUGCGGAUACCCUUGAGGAUCUCGAAGUGUCAAGCUGCAAAAACAUUUCGGAUGCUGGUUUACUACAGUUGAAAGAUUUGAAAAAACUAAAACAGUUAAAAACUUAUGAUUUGCCGUACGUCAGAGACAUUGGGGCCGUGGAAAGCAGCCUGAAACAGGCUUUACCAGGAUGUCGAAUGGAUUUGAAAAGUUAGUGCGCUACAUUCAUAUGUUCGACAUGAUCGCAUGAGAAGGGAAUAGUUAGUAAGAUCCAACGAAUUGGUUUGAACGGCGUAGUGGGGAAUAGUCACAAAUGGAUAUUGUUUUUAUAUUUAAAUAUCGUGUGAAAUAUAAGGAUAAGUAUGUAUUUUGA